CCUCCGCAGUCUCGGUCUGGGAGUGGGGAGGGUCUGGUUUGGAAAAGGCCUCAAGGUGUAGCCUACUCUCUGCCAUUCUAUGGCAUUUUGUUUUGAAUGACGUAAGGAUGCAUGGUCGUAAUUUCCGGUAGCUGAGGGAUAGAAUCUCGCUAGCUACCCUACCUUUUAGAUUGCUCGCUAGCAAACGCCCAUGGCAAACCUACUCGAACCCUCAAUGUGACGUUUGAGCUUUCAGAGAUCAGCAUGAAUACAAAGCCUCAGAUCAGCUGCUCCGAGUAUAUUUCAGCAUUUUGAUGUCUAGGGGAAAGUUGUUAGGUCUGCACCUAUACGGGAUUGUGGUUAAGUUUUCAUUUGGUCAUAGAAGAUGAACGGUUUGUCAGUUGGAGAACUCUGCAGCCUCUUCUGCUGUCCACCUUGUCCAAGUCGUAUCGCAGCGAAGUUAGCGUUUUUGCCCCCGGAACCCACUUAUGCACUUUUGCCAGAUGUAGACUCGGGACAACCGGUCCCGUCCAAUUUAGGGACAUCUGGGCUGCGCUCAAGACUCGGCGUUGGAGGUGGAGAUAGAAGUGGAAGUGAAGGCAGAUGGAAGCUGCAACUGAGCGAACGCGCCGAGUUCCAGUACUCCCAGAGAGAACUGGAUGGGACUGAGGUCUUCCUGACGCGAUCCAGCAGAGGAAACAAAGUGGGCUGUAUGUACAUCCGAUGUGCUCCCUCAGCCAGGUACACAGUCCUGUUCUCCCAUGGAAAUGCUGUGGACUUGGGACAGAUGAGCAGCUUCUAUAUUGGCUUGGGCACUCGCAUAAACUGCAACAUUUUUUCCUAUGACUAUUCUGGAUAUGGGGUCAGCACAGGAAAACCAUCAGAGAAGAACUUGUAUGCAGACAUUGAUGCAGCAUGGCAUGCACUGCGGACCAGGUAUGGCAUUAGUCCAGAGAACAUCAUUCUGUACGGCCAGAGCAUCGGCACCGUGCCCACUGUGGACCUGGCAUCACGGUACGAGUGUGCCGCCGUGGUCCUGCACUCCCCACUGACCUCUGGCAUGAGGGUGGCCUUCCCAGACACCAAGAAGACCUACUGCUUUGAUGCCUUCCCCAACAUUGAGAAGGUGUCCAAAAUCACAUCUCCAGUGUUGAUCAUCCAUGGCACAGAAGACGAGGUGAUUGACUUUUCCCACGGGCUGGCCUUGUUUGAGCGUUGCCCCAAGGCUGUGGAGCCGCUGUGGGUGGAGGGAGCUGGGCACAACGACAUCGAGCUCUACAGCCAGUACUUGGAGCGUCUGCGCCGCUUUAUUGGCCAGGAACUGGCAGCACAAGCCUGAGCAGGUGUAUGUGUCUAGUCAGAUGGGCACAACCUAAUGUCAUGCCCCUGUGCCUGUCUUUUUUUUCUUCCAGGCAGCUGUUUGGUUGCAUCUUUUGUUUGUUUGUUUUUGUUUGCUUAUCUUUUGUUUCGUCUGUAUAUAUUUUCAUGCCAAUUGUCCCCAGGUUUUUGUUGUGUCUGUGUUAAGGUUGCUUUCAUUUCAUCUGUUGGCCUUUGAUUCCUGGCCUUGCAGAAACUUGAAGGGUUUGAACUUCCAACCCAGUUCUUUGUACAUGAGUCACAUGGUCUGUCUCUUCUCCAUACGCAAACCACCACUUGGAUUCUCACCGGCUCUUAACUGCUCUUUCUACCUCCCCCUGCUUCUGCCCGGAGCUUUCCUGAUGUGGUUGCUGAUCUUGCAGCAUAUAUGUGGCGUCUGCAGACAAUUUAGAAGGACCACACACUACACUUGAAUCGACCUGUGAUUUCCUCUGGCCUAUGAAGCCAACUGACUGAAACCACACUGCUUGUUUGUCCUCAGUGGCUGAAAUGAACCGCCUCAGGUGUCCCUGAGCUGCAGUGAAUAUGCUCUGCCUACAUAUCUGAUGAACUCACGUCUUUGGGAUACAUGAAGCAUGUUGGGAAGGGAAGAGGCUUCUUUUGAGUAACCUUGCACGCAAACGAAAUAAUUGUUGCCAAUUUGAAAGUUGGUCUUCUGUCCUGUAUGUCUUUUGGUAUUUCCUUACUACAGGUUUUUGUUCGUUAUUGUUUUUGUAUCUCUUCCGCUCUAUAUAACCUUACUGACUGGUGCACUAAAUGUGCUUUAGAGACAUGGAUGUCGAACUUAAAAUGCCAAAUCUAUUUUUGUAAAAAGAUAAUAUUUCAUAAACCAAGGGACCUUGCUUAUAAAUGGACAGAGGCCAUUUUAGAGUGUCCUGUAGUGGUGACUGACCUUUUAAUGGACUUCAUCGAGACUCGAGAGACUAAAUGACACUAUUUAUUUGGGACUGAAAUGUCUUCAGUCUUUAGCUCCAUAUAUGAAGUGGUUUCCAUUUUAAAGAAUAUUUUAAUGUUUUUUUUGUUUGUUUGUUUAUUUGUUGUAUUGUAAUUGAAACGAAUAAAGCAACUGUCUCCAAA